AUGUUAUUCAAGCUACUCGGGCUCGUUAGGGAGAAUGGCCGCGCGGCGCCGGACCUGACGGCCUCGCCGGGACGCGCGCCGCCCGGCCUGCCGCAGCCCCAACGCGCGAACCAUGCGCCGCCCUGCGUGCUGCAGCCGGACUUUCGGAAGGUAUCGGGUGUCAGCAAUGAAAUAUUCAGACAAAUUGAAAUGGUGGAGAACGAUCACGACGCCGCUACGGCCUCGGCGCUCGAGGCGGUGGAGCGACGCGGUGAGAUGAUAGUACGCAUACUUGAACUGAGACAAGUCGGAAGAAAUAAUGUAGAAGCCGCCAAGAAGUUUUUUUCUCUACAGGACGCACGUCACAUAGUACAGCUCGUGGAGAUCGUUAAGCGCCCCGGUCAAACUUUGGGCCUAUACAUACGCGAAGGGGAUGGCGGGGCGAGAACAGACGGAGUAUUUAUAUCUCGGAUAGCACUGGAAUCUGCUGUCUAUAAUAGUGGAUGUUUGAAGGUGGGUGAUGAGAUUUUGGCAGUUAACUUGGUGGAUGUGAGGCGCAUGUCAUUGGACGACGUGGUUAUAAUCAUGUCAAUACCACGCCGGUUGUUGCUUUGCACUAGACAGAGAAAAGGUAAAUCAGGCCCCGGAUCCCCAUCUCUACCUCGAGCUGAGCACAAGCCGCCGCCUGUAGUCGUCCUGAAACGAGACUGCCGAGACGACGACGACCGCGACAGGGAUCGAGUUGAUGGACUUUAUUCACAACAUGGUACUCUACGAUCGACCGUUGGUCCGGGCGGCGCGGUGCGGCCUGUGGGCGACGGUCGGGAAGAGAGAAGUCGUAUGCAGCUUGGAGCUCUCUCACCAGAUACUACGCCUUUAGAUCUGUAUUACAAUUCGAGACCACCAUCAGAUCAUUCUACUUGGAGUUACCGACCUCCACCGCCAGUAAUAACAGAGCAGCCAAAGUCCUCAGCGACGCACUUCGUGCCGUACGAACGAUCAUAUCCCAACACGCUUGAGAGUCUUGCAGAAAAGGUGCACUCGUUUUAUCCAUCUGAAAGUGGAAGCACAAGAUUUGGAGGUAGAGUCCCACGAUCGGGCUCAGAACAACAAUUACCUCGUGCCGAAACGCAUUCUGACUUCGGACGUCACUCUUUACUUCGUUCAAGCUUGAAGGCUUCAGCAGCAGGCCCCGGCACUGCGUCCAGUUUAACCCGAUACGGACAAAGAUAUGGUGGCGUUGGGAUGCCAGGCUCUGGUCUACCUAGUAGCACUCUUACUGGAGCCGGUCUUGGCACUGGUCUGGGAGGAGGUCUUCCCUCAGGACUUUCAUCUACAGGCCUAAGUGGACUAACCGGGUCUAGUCUAGUCGGGUCUGGACUAAGUUCUGGCCUUGGAACUGGGUUGACUGGAGCCGGAUUAAGUUCCACACUUGGAGGCGGUUAUGGAACAACAGGAUUAGGGUUACCAUCAUACAGUAGCAAGUUUGGCACAACUAGACGAAAUCGAAGCUUGGACUAUUCUUCUGACACUGAAGCUACUGCUCCUACGAGAACCCCAUACUAUUCUGGUCUAAGUGGCUAUAGAAGUAGUACGUUGGGAAGAGAUAUCGGAUCGAAAUUUAAUUCUUUACCAAGAGAUGUGAGAGGAACUGGUCAACGACUGGGUUUAUCUAGACGCGCAGGAAGUGUACUACAAGAUGAACCCGAACCUUUGUCUUCGAGAUUAGAUCUACGUUCUUCCAGAGGGCGGCUCCCCUCCUCCCCGUCAGUGUUCACAUCAGACGAGUACCGCGCGUGGCUGUCGCGUGCGCCUUCGACCAGCGCGCUGUACGAGACACUGCGUCCGCGUCUCCCUACCCACUACUCUGCAGAAAAUAUUCAUGAUGCCUUGAAGAAUAUGGAAAGUGGCAGCCGUUUCGGCUCUACGUUAGGCUUGGCCAGCAGAAGUCGCUUAGAACGGCCGAGACAUUUGCCCGCGCGCUCUCUUUCCUCACAACAACUUGGGCCCAGUGGUUCUCCAUCAGCAAGGCGUGUGCGUCAGCUACUGGAGCUCGGAUCAAAGUUUACCUGCCCUAACCCAAGUCCUGUGCCCACACCUGGGUCCAGACAUCAACGCCAUCUCGAUAUCAAUCCAAAUGAGUUCCUAAAAUACAAGGUGGAGAAGCCAGGUACGGGAGGCCUUUCAACAUCAAUGACAGGUCUGUCUCGUAUAUCCGGAGGCGUUUCCGGGAUGCUGUGGGUACAUCUCCUCGCUGGCAGGGGCUUACGUCCAACUCAGAGUGGUUCAUCUCCGGGAUCUCCGCCUUCUGGAUCCCUAUCACAGCCACCAGUUGCUCCCAGAGAUCUAUACUGUGUCUUGGAAUGUGAUCGCGUUCAUAAAGCGAGGACUGUGGUGCGUACAGGCGAAUUGCAGUUCGACUGGGACGAAUCAUUUGAGCUGGAACUAGUUGACAACCGUCAACUUGAUGUCCUCGUGUACUCGUGGGACCCUCAACAUAGACACAAGCUCUGCUUCCGCGGCGUCGUUACUCUACCUGACCUGCUUGCACGCUCACCAUCUCACCAACUUGCGAUUAAGAUGGAACCGCGCGGUACUCUAUACAUGCGAGUGCGGCACACGGAGCCACAUGAGCUCUUCCGCAGACGUGCUGCAGCCCCACGUCUCGCAACCCCACCACUGUUCGGGGCUGAACUGGAAACAGUGGUGGCCAGGGAGCUACGGCCGCCUCACGCACCCCCCGUACCACUGGUUGUGCGACGUUGCGUCGAGGAAAUCGAGAGACGCGGUUUGGAUAUUAUAGGUCUCUAUCGACUGUGCGGGUCAGCAAAUAAAAAACGUAUACUACGAGAAGCAUUCGAACGAAAUGCGCGUGGAGUCGAGUUAACCCCAGACUCUGUUCCGGAUAUAAACGUUAUUACUGGAGUGUUGAAGGAUUACUUGACCGAGUUACCUCAGCCAUUAUUUAGCCGUUGCUUGUUUCAAAUGACGUUAGAUGCUCUAGGAGUAUGUUUACCAGACGAUAAAGAAGGUAACGCUCGUCUAAUGGCUUCUAUAGUGGAAUGCUUGCCACGCGCGGCGCGAGCUACUUUGGUCUUCCUCCUCGACCACUUAGCUUUAGUCGUGGCAGCUCAAGAUAGAAACAAAAUGUCACCUCAACACCUAGCUGUGGCUAUGGCUCCGCCAUUAAUGCUUCACUCCCAACCAACAACAGAGCUGGACUAUCAUCGACCGAUUCACGUAUUGCAAUGUCUUCUCCAAAUAUGGCCACCACCUAAACGUUCAGUUCGGCGCGGCGAGCCAGCAACCGGGCCGCGUGGAAACAGAGUCAGUGCGUCGCCAGUGGCCUCAGCCACACUCCAAGGCCGAGUUCAGCCCUCAGUCAGUCCAUAUCGGCAUCAAGCGGCAGCAUCAGCAGCAUCUCCGCCGCCAGCUCUCUCGGCUCGGGCCGGGGCAGACCGCUCGCCGCCCGCACAUGUUCUCUCAUCAGUCAGGGGCGGCCAAUAUCGUCCGCAGUCGCCGCGCGGCCCACUGCCCGCUCCUCCUCGCUCCCGGCAAGUGACGGUGUCGUCACCCGGUUCGCCCACUAGCAGUUCAGAGAGUCACAGUCCUGCGGAAACAAUAAAGCCAUGCGGGUCAGCGUCGUCUAUAAUACGGCAGCCGGAGCGCGCGAGCUCGCCUCGCAUGUCACCGCGGCAUUCUCCGCGCGCCUCACCUCGUGCUUCUCCUCGGGACUCGCCUCGUGGAACUCCCCGGGACACCACACCGCGUGCCCUAACUCCACGGGAUGGCACCCCGGGCUCGCGGGAAUCCCCACGAUCUGCCAUCCCGGGUACGUCGGCAGGCUUGGCUGUGACGUUGAACUCUAGUGCGUCAGGUUCGGGCGCCCAAAGCGGUGCGGGUGGUUCAGCGGGUGCAGGAGGCGGUCUCAGUCCGCGCUACAGCAGCACCAACCCCUUCCUGCAGCAGUACGACGCGGAGGAAGAGGCCGAGGCGUGGCGAGCCGCAGACAUAUUCUCAUCCACGCACACA